AUGGUGGACAUAGGAGUCUCAAAAAUUGUGGAUGGUGCAAAUGCCCCGAUGGCUGGAUUGGGCGGUCUUUUUAAUGAUCUGAAAAUAUCUAUCUCGUCCACAGAAAACCUUAGUAAAAAAUCCACAACAAUUCUAUCACAGAGUUCCACGUAUGCUCUGAGAAAUGCUUCAUACGCCAAUGACGGUAACCUAAACACAAAAGAAUUUUCUUGCGCUCAUACUGCUACAUGUAGCAACCAGUCUAAGGCUUGGUUCCAAGUUGACCUAGGAAGGCCUCACAGAAUACAGCACGUUAAAAUCUAUUAUCGAAGAGAAGGAAAUGAGCCUGACGAUUGGAAGCAAUAUAGGUUUAGAAAGUUUUAUUUGGAUGUUUCUGACUAUUCAGCUACGGAGAGUAUGACGUCACAGAGGACUCGCUGUUAUACAGACAAUACCACAGAACCAAACUUACCUCCUAAUAUCAUUGACAUUCCAUGUAAACAGUUGGCAAGAUACAUCAUCGUUGAAUCCACAUACAAAGCCCCUGAAGAUUACCGUUCCACAGGGCCAAUUCUAGAAAUUUGUGAGAUAGAAGUUUAUGGAUGUAAUGCAAGACAUUAUGGAUCUAAUUGCUCCAAAAAGUGUAGUGUGAAUUGUGUCCAGGAGAUAUGUAACAUAAUAAAUGGUUCUUGUAUAUUUGGUUGUAAAAGCGGAUAUUAUGGACACAUGUGUAAUGAAUCCUGUAGUUUAUCAUGUCCAUCUGCAUGCGAUAGGUACACAGGGUAUUGUGAUGGGAUAUGCCCAGUAGACUACUUUGGACAUUUUUGUAAAAAACUUUGCAACUCAAACUGUGCAGGGGGAUGCAACAGGGAAACAGGCCUUUGUGAAUACGGUUGUAUUGAAGGAAAAUUUGGUGAAGCAUGUGAAGAAACGUGCAGUAUAGGAUGCAAUUCUAGCUGUGAACAGGACAAUGGAAAUUGUUCAUGUAAAGGAGAUUGGAAGGGAGAUAAAUGUGAUGAAAAUGAAUCAAUUGUCUUCAACCGAGAGGAAGGCAUCCACGACUCCGUUUCACAAAUUUAUUUGAAUCAAUUGUUGCCUAAUAUAAGUACACAAGGUAACGAAGAAACAACGAUUCAGAAAAAUACCUAUGUUGAAAAUAAUGAAAUAUAUGUAAACGAUACAUUUGAAACUUCAAAAAGUCAAAUGGACACCAGAAUAUAUGCAGAAGGAAGCUAUAACAACACACAUUUCGUAGAGGACGAAGAUGUUUACAUGGCAAUUCAUGGUCUAGAUCCAGAUGAAUCCAUAUACGAACAUCUCCAAGUAAUGUAA